AGGCGGAGUGGGUGGCCGAGGGGGCGGGCGCUGCCGCCGCAGUCCUUCAGUGGGCGAAAGGAGCGCUGCUGCCGGCUGGGCUGGUGGCGAGGCUGGAGGUGCUGCCAAUCGGGGUGGGGAGAAGAGGUGCGCGCGCGGCGAGCAGGUCCGGGCUGGCUGCUUUCCCUUCUUUUUCGCCUGGCUUGGAGAGGCGUGCGAGGAAGUGGGAGCAGCGCAGAGCGGCGGCGGCAGCAGCAGCAGGAGAAGAAGGAAACAAAUCCCCUGCUUGCCUGCAGUAGAGCGGGGAGAAGAAAAAGCCGGUGGCUCCUGAUCCAACAGAGAGGGUGUGAAACAGGAUUGCGGACAAAAAUCCUGAGCUCGAGCAGCUGUCGCUGAAAAUGUCCAAUAAUGGGCUAGAAGCGGAGGACAAGCCGCCUGCACCACCGAUGAGGAACACCAGCACGAUGAUCAGCACUGGCAGCAAAGACUUGGGAACCUUAAACCACGGCUCGAGGCCUUUGCCUCCCAAUCCGGAAGAGAAGAAAAAGAGGGACCGCUUCUACCGUUCCAUCUUGCCGGGAGACAAAAUGGCCAGCCAGAAGCCUCUGGGAAGCUCACAAGCAAGACAUGGAGACAGUUGCUUUCCCUUGUUAUUGCCCUCACUCGCAACUGGCAUUGGAGCCAACAAAAAGAAGGAGAAAGAACGACCAGAGAUCUCCCUCCCUUCAGACUUUGAGCACACGAUUCAUGUUGGAUUUGAUGCUGUCACAGGAGAAUUCACAGGCAUGCCAGAGCAAUGGGCCCGUUUACUACAGACCUCUAACAUCACCAAGUCAGAACAGAAAAAGAACCCCCAAGCAGUGCUUGAUGUGCUAGAAUUCUACAACUCCAAAAAGACCUCCAACAGCCAGAAAUACAUGAGCUUCACAGAUAAAUCUGCAGAAGAGUACAGCUCCUCAAACACACUGAAUGUGAAGGCGGUGUCUGAGACUCCUGCAGUCCCCCCUGUUUCGGAAGAUGAAGAUGAUGACGAUGCAGCUCCUCCCCCCACCAUCGCACCUCGACCUGAGCACACAAAAUCCAUAUACACCCGCUCCGUGAUAGAGCCCCUUCCGCCAACCCCGACCAAAGAUGUGGCCACUUCUCCGAUCCCCUCCCCUUCUGAAAACAACACCGCACCUCUGGAUACAUUGACGAGGAAUGUGGAGAAACAAAAGAAGAAACCCAAAAUGACAGAUGAAGAGAUCUUGGAAAAACUAAGAGGCAUAGUGAGCGUGGGUGACCCCAAGAAGAAAUAUACGAGUUUUGAGAAGAUUGGACAAGGAGCAUCGGGUACCGUUUACACAGCAAUGGAUGUCGCGACAGGGCAGGAAGUUGCUAUCAAACAGAUGAACUUGCAACAACAGCCGAAGAAAGAGUUGAUAAUUAAUGAAAUUCUUGUCAUGAGGGAAAACAAGAAUCCCAACAUUGUCAACUAUCUGGACAGUUACCUCGUGGGGGAUGAAUUGUGGGUAGUCAUGGAGUAUUUGGCAGGCGGCUCGUUGACAGACGUGGUGACAGAGACCUGCAUGGAUGAAGGGCAGAUCGCUGCUGUGUGCCGGGAGUGUCUUCAGGCUUUGGAAUUCCUCCAUUCCAACCAGGUCAUCCACCGGGACAUCAAGAGUGACAACAUCUUGCUAGGGAUGGACGGUUCUGUCAAGCUAACCGAUUUUGGUUUCUGCGCUCAGAUCACUCCCGAGCAGAGCAAACGCAGUACCAUGGUGGGGACGCCAUACUGGAUGGCUCCUGAGGUGGUGACAAGGAAAGCGUAUGGGCCCAAAGUGGACAUCUGGUCUCUGGGGAUCAUGGCCAUUGAAAUGAUAGAGGGGGAACCACCGUACCUCAAUGAGAAUCCUCUACGGGCUUUGUAUCUCAUUGCGACCAACGGGACCCCAGAGCUGCAGAAUCCAGAAAAGCUCUCGCCCAUAUUUAGAGACUUCCUUAAUCGCUGCCUUGAGAUGGAUGUGGAGAAGAGGGGCUCUGCCAAUGAACUACUCCAGCACCAGUUCCUAAAAAUCGCCAAGCCCCUGUCCAGCCUCACUCCUCUGAUUAUUGCGGCAAAAGAAGCAGCGAAGAACAACCACUGAAGUCUCCAAGGGGCCGCGGUCAUCAUGCCAAGCGCUCUAAUCUGUGUUUUUAAAAAAACAUGCUGACUUCAAAGAGCUCGACUCUUACUACUUUUAUCAGAAAGACUCUUCAAUCCUGCAAGAUUGGAAUCAUGGCAACAAAUUGCGUCGAACCUCAAAGCGGACAUGUGGCUGGGACUUAACUCAAAAUCGGUGACCUCCCGUUUGGAAUAUGUACGUUGAAAAGAUUGUUAAGAGACUGCUGGAUCCCGACCAAUGCACUGCCAAGCCAGUAUGUUUCCUUAUCUUUUAAUGUGUUGAUUUAGGAAAGGGGGGGGGAGAUUACCUGGAGUCUUUUAGACAACCUUUCCCCCACUUAGGUUAAAUUUAAAAUGCUACAGGGGCGCUCUCUAUCUCCACAAGAGCCCUGUUCUUAGACUACUGAAAGACUGACACAGUUUCAAUUACUUGAAAGUUAAAACAGCCGAGUGGAAAUCAGGACAGCUUUUAUAAUCUCAAGGGGAACAUGUAGCAAUUCAGAGUUUCUUCCUCUGCACCACUGAACAUUUGGGAAAGUGUGUGCAUGCACCAGAGGAGAUGCUGGAACAGUUAGUUGGCACCCCUUGACCAUCUAAGGAUUACAUUAAUGAAUGAUCAUCAUGCUGUGUUUUUUCUUUUUCUUUCUUGUGAAGCCAAUUGCCUCUGAAUAAAUUCACAUCACUGUUUGCAA